GUCAUCCAACGGCGACUCUGAACUGAGAAGUGGGAGAUUCGAAGUAGCUGCAGCAAAACAAAGAGGAUUUUAACGACAUUUUUUUUCAAACAGCGGCUUUUAAUGCGCCACAAUAACAAGGGGAAGAUUUGAACCGACAUCUUCAGAUGGCCACGCCAAGCAAGACGCCACCGGGCGCCGACCCCAAGCAGCUGGAGCGGACAGGAACAGUCCGGGAGAUCGGCUCCCAGGCAGUUUGGUCCCUGUCCUCGUGUAAACCAGGUUUUGGAGUGGAUCAGCUGAGAGACGACAACCUGGAGACGUACUGGCAGUCGGACGGAUCACAGCCUCAUCUAGUCAACAUACAGUUCAGGAGGAGAACGACAGUGAAGAUGUUGUGUAUUUACGCUGAUUAUAAGUCAGAUGAGAGCUACACACCGAGUAAGAUCUCCGUCAGAGUGGGCAACAACUUCCACAACCUGCAGGAGAUCAGGCAGUUAGAGAUGGUGGAGCCCAGUGGAUGGAUUCACAUCUCUCUGCUGAAUCAGCGCACUAACGAGCCCAUCAGCACCUUCAUGAUCCAGAUCGCCGUCCUCGCCAACCACCAGAACGGCCGAGACACGCACAUGCGUCAGAUCAAAGUUUACACGCCGGUGGAGGAGAGCUCCAUUGGAAAGUUCCCACGAUGCACCACGGUCGACUUUAUGAUGUACCGAACCAUCAGGUGAUCUGGACUGACAAGAGACCGCUUGAUCCCGGAAAGUUUUGAAAGUGGAGAAAAACGGGAGAAAUGACACAGACUGAUCAGACACGAUGCAGAUUUAUUGAUUAAAAAUGAUCAGUGAGAGUCUGCUCAUCUUUGACGUUUAUAAAAUGUGCUGUUUUUAAAA